AUGACUUCUAUCAUUGAGUAUCGUGAUAGCAGUAACAAUAACAUUCCUCCGAGUCUUUCCCCAAAUGGAAACAACUUUCCUUCGAAGCUGUGGAAAUUGUGCUCUGACAAAAAAUACCGCUCCAUACAGUGGGGACCAGGAGGCAAGACUAUAAUAGUCAACAGUAAAAUUUUUAAAGAUGAGGUACUCAAUGAUGCUUUCGGGAUGUUCAAGACGCAGAAUUUCUCUAGUUUCGUACGACAGCUGAAUCUAUACGGUUUUCGCAAAAUCCCUUCAGCAAGAACACACGACGGACUCGACUAUAACAACAGCAGCAGCAGUGAUCUGCACCAAUUCCAGCACCAACACUUUGUGCAAAACCGCCCUGAAUAUCUGUGCAAUGUUCGUAGGUCUACCGCAGCUAGUCGGAGAAAAGCAGCUGAACGUCAGAUACACCUCCAACGCAACGCAAACCAUCAUAACCCAAUGCCAUGUCGACCGCUAAAAAACACAACAAGCAGUUGUCUACAAGGUAACAGGCCACCACAGCAUAGUGGAAAUCUUCAACCGUUUCGUGAGUAUGGCGAAAUGCAAAUGUACAACAAAAACAAUGUAAACAGGCCGCACUAUGGUCGCCCAAGUCCAAUGUUUAACAGCGGUCAUGCUCGACCAUCUCCGAGUUCAAAUGUACAUCAAUCGCAAAGAUACGCUCCUUACUCGACUGAGCAGCAUCGUGUAAGAAAUAUGUGCAACAAUGUCAUUCAGACUGGCUUCAACAGCAAAAAUUUGCCACAGUCGAUUCCUUCAUCUGUGUUGUUCUACCCUCCCCGUGCACAACAACCGUCUGAACUUGAACAUCAUCGACGAAGCACGCCUUCGUCAUCCGUACUAAGAACCGUUUCCUCACUUCCGGAUCACCAGAUACAACAGCUGCUCAAUACAGAUUCGGUGUACAACGGUCUUGCGCUACUCGCCGACACAGCAAGCAACUCCCCAGACAUGAGAAAACAUCGAGGCGAACCAACAGCACGAGGCAUGCGAGAAAAUGCAGAAAGGAAAACACCCGUUGACGACAGAAGACUGUUCAAUAACGGUAAACAAGGGAGUGAAGAUGCAUAUUAUGUAAUCAAAAACAGUAAACAUAGAAAUCAUUUGCAGUCGUUGGAGAAUACUAAUAAUUUCAAUGUAAACCAAGGAAACAAUGGUCAAGUGUUAUUGCAGUUCCCAAUAAGUCAACAGCCGCAAACCAUCAAUCAAUCACCAAGUACUAGCUAUGCUCCGAUUACGCAGUUCCUUUCACCUAUGAAUUACAUGAAUGGGUCAAAUAGCGGCACUUCUUUUCUCACUUUGUCACCAGAUAAUCAGUUCCUUGCACAGUUUGGUCUGUCACCUAUGCAACCCAACAACAAGAUACAGUACAUCAACUCAACAGUAGCCUCACCUCCAGUCUCCCCAGCCAGCAAGAUGUAUUCCGACCUCACCAGCAUACCCAUCUCAGGCCUCGUACCUAGUUUAACUAAACUUUCCGAAGGUACAGAAGAAGAAGAAGCUGUCAAGACAUUGCUUCUGGAUCAGUCAUUGCAGCCGAACAACAAUAUGCUUGUCAUUCCUGAUGAAGAUAUCCCCAUCCAGACUGAUGUGCAAAUUCCAGCUCAGGUCUCUGAAGAGAGCAUCACAAACCUCACAAUUCCGGGUGCCUCCAAGGAAGAUAGAAAAUGA